GGGAGGAAAAAAAAAAGAAAAAAAGAAAAAAAACGCCAAAGCAAAACAAAACCUGGAGACACAGAAAAGGGCUCUAGGAAAAAGUUUUGGAUGGGAUUAUGUGGAAACUACCCUGCAAUUCUCCGCUGCCAGAGCAGGCUCAGUGCUGCCUUCUCCCCAGCGGCGCAGCCCGCGCCGGGCGCCGCUGAGAGACGCCCGGGCCUCGGUGCCGCGCCGCCAGUGCCUGCUGUGCCGGAGCCCCUCGCCCCGCCGGCCCAAUGCUCCUCCUCGGGCUGCUCCUGCUGACAUCUGCCCUGGCCGGCCGGUGGCAGGGGGCCGUCGCCGAGUCCGAUCUCAGCAGCAAGUUCUCCUUCUCCGGCGCCAAGGAGCAGAACGGUGUGCAGGACCCUCACCAUGAGAAGAUAAUUACUGUGACUACUAAUGGGAGUAUUCACAGCCCCAAGUUUCCACACACAUACCCCCGCAACACUGUGCUAGUGUGGAGAUUAGUAGCACUUGAUGAAAACGUAUGGAUACAACUUACUUUUGAUGAAAGAUUUGGGCUUGAGGACCCAGAAGAUGAUAUUUGCAAGUAUGACUUCGUAGAAGUUGAAGAGCCAAGUGAUGGCACUGUUUUGGGGCGCUGGUGUGGUUCCAGUACUGUGCCAAGCAGACAAAUCUCCAAAGGAAACCAGAUCAGAAUAAGAUUUGUGUCUGAUGAAUAUUUUCCUUCUGAACCUGGAUUCUGCAUCCAUUAUACACUUCUUAUGCCACACCACACAGAAGCCCCCAGCCCAUCGCUGCUCCCCCCAUCAGCCUUGCCCUUGGAUGUUUUAAACAAUGCCGUCGCUGGAUUUAGCACUGUGGAAGAGCUUAUCCGCUAUCUUGAACCAGAUCGGUGGCAACUGGAUUUGGAAGAUUUGUACAGGCCAACGUGGCAACUUCUUGGGAAAGCAUACAUUCAUGGGAGGAAGUCAAGAGUGGUGGAUCUGAACCUCCUGAAGGAGGAGGUGCGGCUGUAUAGUUGCACCCCACGCAACUUCUCGGUGUCUCUGAGGGAGGAGCUGAAGAGAACAGACACCAUCUUCUGGCCUCUGUGUCUGCUGGUGAAACGAUGUGGUGGAAACUGUGCCUGUUGUCAGCAGAGCUGCAAUGAGUGCCAAUGUGUGCCAACAAAAGUCACCAAAAAAUACCAUGAGGUUCUUCAGCUGAAGCCACGGAUCGGUGUCCGGGGAUUGCAUAAAUCAUUGACAGAUGUACCCUUGGAACACCACGAGGAGUGUGACUGUGUGUGCAAAGGGAAUACUGAAGGAUAAACAUGAUUUAAUUGUGCUGUUUUCUUUCAAAGCACAUUCACUCAAUGGCUGAUUCUAUUAUGGGGCUUGUGCAUUAUCUCCUUCUGUAAUCUCAGUUGUUUGCUUUGGGGAUCUUCCGUCUUGAAGAUACAGAGCUCUAAAAAGAGGAGAAGCCAAACUGGGAUUAUAUGUUGUGUGACAGCUGUUUGGAGGCCCAGUGAAAGGAUGGGAGAAAGGCAUCAAUGAGGGAUUUAAAAUGUAUGUAUUGUUGUCCCCCACAAUAUUCUUGGCAAUACAUGGAUUUAUAAUUUAGGAGUAAAAAAUUAGAUUUAGAAGGCUGACAUCAUGGAGACUUGAUCCUGCUGGCUGUCUCAUUUCUACAGCUCAAGUACAUCUGGCCUCUGGUUGGGAACACCUGAAAUCUUUCUGUGUUCAGCUACUCCUACGUACUCUAAAUCAAAGUGUUCUCUGUUGUAUAAACUUGGGUUAAAACAGACUGUCUUUUUCCGAAUUAAAUUUAAUUUGUCUAA